CGACGACAGAUAAUACCUCGAUCUUUUGAGGACAAUUGAGAUUUGUUAAGUUGAUCUCACGCAUCAAUUACCCUACAAACGCAGUCAUUCCAUACUCCUCCUCACUCCGCCGCUUCACCACACCUGUCAACCCGAUAUUCAAACCCCCAACCUCAACCUCAUAAUUGAAUGCGCGCAAGGGGCCUGUAGAAACACAGUCAUAGCAUAUACGUCCUACAGAGAGGGCGGGAGGCAGAGACGCACAAUGAGCUCGCUGCCGCAGUCGCCGACCGACGACGAAAACAGGUCGUUUGACCUCAACCUGCAGCACGGCCACCGCGACCUGGUGCAGGCCAUUGCCUUCAACGCCUACGGCGACCGCUGCGCGACGGGAUCCGUGGACGGCAAGAUCCGGGUGUUCAACCGGCAUCGCGACGGGACGUGGAGGCUGUGCGAUACGUGGAGCGCGCAUGGGGGCGAAGUCGUCGAGCUCCAAUGGCUCCCGUCCACAAUCUACCCCAACCUCAUCGCCUCGCUCGGCAUCGAGGGCUGGUUCCGCCUCUGGGCAGAGAACCCGUCCGCGGCGCCCGGCCGGCGCUUCUGCGCCGCGCGGUCCGUCAACGGACGCCCGGCCUUUGACACGCGCUCGGCCCGCGCGCCGUACCGCUCCUUUUCCAUGAAGCACAACGAGGAGACGCGGCAGACGUACCUGGCGCUGCUGGCCACCGACGGCCGGCUGACCGUGUACGAAAACGACCAGCCCGAGAACCUGGCCGAGUACGCGCUCAUCGACGAGUUCAGCGUGUGCAGCAAGCCGAGCCGCGGCGACGAGGUCGCAUUCAAGGUGCGCUUCGACCCGAACCCGGAGCCGUGCUAUGCCGCGCUGCGGGCGGGCGUGCCGACGGACUCGCUGGGGCUGGUGGUCGCGGCCAUGGGCUCCGUCAAGGUGUAUCGCACGAGGGAGAUUGCGGCGAGCAACUUUGGCGCGAAUACCCUGCAGAAGGAGUUUUAUCUUGCGGUGGAGAUCCCCGGGCAUAGAGGCUUGGUCAGGGACGUUGCGUGGGCGCCGGGGAACAUUCGGGGCUAUGACAUGAUUGCCACGGCAUGCCAGGACGGGUACGCGCGCGUGUUUCGGAUGGACACGCCCUUUUCGGAGAGCGAUGGGAGGUCUUGGUCUGCGACGCACUUGCUGAGCCGGUCACAGCAUAGAGACUUUGGAGCGGGAGACGACGACACGCCAGGCUCAAACAACAACAACAAUAACAACCCUAACAACAAUCACAAUAAUAACAACAACGGCGGCAGCAGCAGCACCACCCACCACCCACCACACCACCACCACCCCUCCUCAACACUAAGCGCCAGCCUCGCGAAAUCGAGCAACGUCGGCGAGCGCGCGUGGACCGGCCAGCCGGGCCAGAUCCGGCACACGGCGCAGGAGGUCUCGCGGCUCGACAGCCACCGGACGCCCGUGUGGCGUGUGGGCUUUGACGACGACGGGCAGAUCCUGGGCAGCACGGGGGACGAUGGGCGGCUGCUGUGUUAUAGGCAGACGCCGGAUGGGCGGUGGGCCAAGAGUUCGGAGUUGGUCAUGAUGAAAACGAGGAUGGCGGCGCCUUGA